AUGAAUGGCAACCGUGUCAGCGAGGCUGUCCUGUGGGAGGCACUCCGCAAGAUGGGACUGCGCCCUGGGGUGAGGCACCCAUUCCUUGGCGAUCUGAAGAAGCUCAUUACAUCCGACUUUGUGAGGCAGAAGUACCUGGAGUACAAGAAGGUCCCCAAUAGCAGCCCACCCGAGUAUGAGUUCCUCUGGGGCCUGCGGGCCCGCUUCGAGACCAGCAAGAUGCGGGUGCUGCGAUUCAUCGCCCAGUACCAGAACCGAGACCCCCGCGACUGGAAGGCUCACUUCCUGGAGGCUGUGGACGACGCCUUCAGGACCAUGGAUUCGGAUAUGGCCGAGGAGCACGCCAGGGCCCAGAUGAGGGCCCGCAUGAAUAUCGGGGACGAGGCUCUGAUUGGCCGCUGGAGCUGGGACGACGUGCAGGUGGAGCUCCUGACCUGGGAUGAGGACGGAGACUUUGGCGACGCCUGGGCCAGGAUCCCCUUUGCCUUCUGGGCCCGAUACCACCAGUACAUCCUGAAUAGCAACCGUGCCAACAGAACCACUUGGCGAGCUGGCGUCAGCAGCGGCAACCUGGGUGCGGCCAACGCCAGCCUCAUCGAUGGCCCUAGCACCAGCUCCACCAUCCGCACCAGAAAUGCCGCCAGGACCGCUGCCAACUUCUUCUCCUGGAUCCAGCCGCGCUGA